GUGUAUACAGUUUCCUGAAGGCAGGGAACGGGCGUAUGGUUGUGAGCGCCCGCUUCGACGGCAAGAAUAACGCCCGCAAAAUGCCUCACUUGAACCGGGAGUCGACGUUCUGGUCGUACAUACAGACGCUGUUAGAGGAUCUUAAAUGCUGUCCGUUCCUGUUGUCGGACGUGAAACUGGGCUCCACUUGUGAUAAGUGUGGAGCGAAGGGCUGUCCGCCGACACCGCCCGCGACAACGACAGCCGCCGCGAAGGGUUCGGUUGUGAAGAAGUCUGAGCCGUCGGUGUUGUCGACGGAUUGCAAACCCAAACCAAACGCUGUGACCAAAUCAGUGGCCACUGAGACGGUGUCCGUACACAUGGCCGCGCAGACACUGGUGUCGACCUCCUCUACACCUAUUAAACGCAAGAUUUCCGACAUUGAGUUUAAGUCAACGCCUGAUUCGAGUACAAGAAAUCCCGUGAGAGCUCCCAAAUCACCGAAACUCAUGAACAAUACGCCGGCGAUCGUUGCCUCGACCGCAGACAUAUCAACCCCUCCCACGCAUCGAAUUUCUAUUGUAACGCAUCGGACGGCACCCCCUAUGACCCCGACAUCUGUCUCUGUCCUAUUGUCACCCCCAACACCAGUACCGGUUGCGGCCGUUCCUAUACCCCCUAAUCCUGCGGAAUGGACUAUCGAUGACGUGAUCCGACACCUGAUAUCAGUUGACGCGUCCCUCGAAUCCCAUGCGGACACCUUCAGAAAACAUGAGAUCGACGGAAAGGCUUUCCUUCUACUAAACAGCGAUAUGAUGAUGAAGUACAUGGGCCUCAAGUUGGGUCCGGCCCUCAAGAUUUGUAACAUCACUGAUCGCUUGAAGUCCAACAAACGGGUGUCGAGUUAUUUGCACUAAAGACACACAAAACUCCUAAACAUUUUACAUAAAAAUACAGAAAACAAAACAAUAUAUUAUAUAAUAUCAAACAAAAUGCAAAUUUAAAGCUUAUUUUUCCUACAAAACAAGUCCAAGUCUCUCACCGUAUCUCUAAAGUAAUGUCUGUUAACACCUCUUUUGGAGUAUAUUUUUAUAGGUUUCCCCCAUUUGUUGCCUUAGUUUACGUAUAGUUUUGGGUUUAAAUGAACGACUAAAACAGUAAUUAGCGUUUGAUUUAUAGUAAUUUAUUUGAUUGCACUUAAAGUAGAUUAACGAACUCUUAUGGGAGGGGUAUUUAAAUUGUACAUUUAUACAAUUCACAAAAAUUAAUUUCAUCUUAAACUAUGGUAUAAUCUUUUAAUUGAAUAAUUAUACUUUUAGUCAGCAUUAGCCGAGUCAAAUCACGUGUAGUUAAUGGUAUCAUUCAAAUUAUAGCACUUGAAAACAUGUCGAUCAGGAGUACGUUAUUCUACUUUAAAAUUUCAUAGCCUCCCUUCCCAUUUGCUACUGUAUGUCUUACCUUUCUUUAGACUAUAAACAAAUCAAUUGUACAAAAAUGUGAACUAAAAAAAUAUUUAAGUCUUUAUCUAAUAUUUUUUGUCAAGAAUAAGAUGGC